AUGGUAGGCUUUUUCAUGCCUGUGGGUGCGGAUGCGGAGUAUUGUGAUACCGAUACCGAUGCUGAGGAUGAGGAUGAGGAUGAGGAUGAGGAUGAGGAUGAGGAUGAGGAUGAGGAUGAGGAUGAGGAUGAGGAUGAGGAUGAGGAUGAGGAUGAGGAUGAGGAUGAGGAUGAGGAUGAGGAUGAGGAUGAGGAUGAGGAUGAGGAUGAGGAUGAGGAUGAGGAUGAGGAUGAUGUUGUUGUGUGA